AUGGAUGGAUUCACACACAGCAACCCUUUGCCCCCUGGCCACACUGACCUUAACAAUCAGAGCAACAGCACUACCUCCAGUGACUCGCCCUACGAUCGGGGCAAUAGUACUGAUUUCUCAGACGUGACUUUCGGCUACCAGGUAGUCACCUCGGUGCUGCUCGGCUCCCUGAUCCUCUGCGCGGUGAUCGGCAAUGCCUGUGUGGUGGCCGCAAUUGUCCUGGAGCGCUCCCUGCAGAACGUGGCUAACUAUCUCAUCGGCUCGCUGGCUGUCACCGACCUGAUGGUUUCCGUGCUGGUUUUGCCCAUGGCUGCUCUCUACCAGGUCCUCAACAAGUGGACCCUGGGCCAGGUGACCUGCGACAUUUUUAUCUCCCUGGAUGUACUCUGCUGCACGUCGUCCAUCCUGCACCUGUGUGCCAUUGCCCUGGACAGGUACUGGGCCAUUACUGAUCCUAUUGACUAUGUAAAUAAGAGGACCCCCCGGAGAGCUGCUGUUCUAAUCAGCCUCACCUGGCUCAUAGGCUUUCUGAUCUCUAUCCCACCCAUGCUGGGCUGGCGGACCCCGGAAGACCGCUCUAACCCCGACGCUUGCACGAUCAGCAAAGACCACGGCUAUACCAUUUACUCUACAUUUGGCGCCUUCUACAUUCCCCUGCUGCUGAUGCUGGUGCUGUACGGGCGAAUCUUCAAGGCUGCCCGGUUCCGUAUCCGCAAGACAGUCAAGAAGGCAGAGAAGUCCCGGAACAGCUGCUUCAGCACUUCCCCAGCUCCCCUACCCAAGAAGAGCAUCAAUGGGGAGCCCAGGGGCAAGAACUGGAGGCGCGGGGCGGAGCCCAAGACUGUGGGGGCACCCUGCGUCAAUGGGGCUGUGAGGCAGGGUGAGGAUCGCGCCGCCCUGGAGGUGAUUGAGAUCCACCACUACAGCAAUUCUAAGGACCACCUAACGCUCCCCAGUGACGCUGGUGGAGUCCCCAGCACCACCUCCUUCGAGAAGAAGAACGAAAGGAAUGCAGAAGCCAAGAGAAAGAUGGCCUUGGCCCGGGAGAGGAAGACUGUCAAAACGUUGGGCAUCAUAAUGGGUACUUUUAUCCUCUGUUGGCUGCCAUUCUUCAUCGUGGCCCUGGUCCUACCCUUCUGCGAGAGUAGCUGUCACAUGCCCGACUCGCUGGGUGCGAUCAUCAACUGGCUAGGCUACUCCAAUUCCCUGCUCAACCCUGUCAUCUAUGCCUACUUCAACAAAGAUUUCCAAAGUGCUUUCAAGAAGAUCGUCAGGUGCAAAUUCUGCCGGCAGUGA